AUGGCUUCCUCCAGCAGCUUCCUGUCUGAAGAUCAGCUCCAGUGCUCCAUCUGUCUGGAUGUGUUCACUGAUCCAGUCACUACUCCAUGUGGACACAACUUCUGCAAGACCUGUAUUAAAGAGUGCUGGGACACCAGUUUACACUACCAGUGUCCAGUAUGUAUGACCAGUUUCUCCAAAGAACCUGAACUGUGUGUAAAUACUUUUAUUUCUGGACUGGUUGCUCCAUUCAGAAAGUCAGUUCAGGAAACGUUCAGCAGCACCCCAGAGAAAGCCAGACGGUUUCUGGUGCUCUGUGACAUCUGUUGUGAGAAGAAACGUGAAGCUUUGAAGUCCUGUCUGAUCUGUAUAGCCUCUUACUGCAAGAAUCACCUGGAACCUCAUCAGAGAGUUUCUUCUUUUAAAAGCCACAAACUAAUAGAUGCUGUGGAGAACCUGAAGGAUUACAUCUGUCAGAAACAUGAGAAACAUCUGGAGAUGUUCUGUAGAGACGAUCAGAUGUGUGUUUGUCAGUUCUGCACAGAGGCAGAACACAAGAACCACAACACAGUUUCUAUAGAGAAGGAGAGUGGAAUGAAAAAGAGGAAGAAAAAUAAAAGAAAAAUGGCGGAGAACGGAGAGUCCUCUGUUUACACGUUGGACGUGAUUCUGGAUCCUGAUACAGCAAAUUCUGAACUGAUCCUGUCUGAUGAUGGAAAACAAGUUAGUGAUGGAGACACAAAACAGGAUCUUCCCGAUAAUAAAGAGAGAUUUGAUACCUGUGUCUGUGUGCUGGGAAAGGAGGGAUUCUCCUCAGGAAGAUUUUACUAUGAGGUUCAGGUUAAAGGGAAGACUGAGUGGGAGUUAGGAGUGACCAGAGAGUCCAGUAACAGGAAGGGAAUUAUUUCAGCAGGUCCUGAAAAUGGAGAAUGGUCUGUGUGUCUGAGAAAUGAAACUGAAUAUAAGGCUCUGGAUUCUUCCUCUGUCCUCCUUUCCUUGAAACAGGCUCCUCAGAAGGUGGGGGUGUUUGUGGAUUAUGGGGAAGGUUUGGUUUCCUUCUAUGAUGUUGAGAAUGAGUCUCAUAUCUACUCUUACACUGAAAAACACAGAGAGGGAGAAAGCAUGGAGAUCUUCAGAGCUCUGAUACGCAGCAUUGAGAGAAACCAGGCUGAGAUGCUGAAGGUGAUGGAAGAAAAGCAGAGAGCAGAAGAGCGUGAGGCUGAAGAGUUCAUUAAAGAUCUGGAGCAGGAAAUCACUGAGCUAAACAGGAGAAAAACUGAGCUGGAGCAGAUCUCCAACACUGAGGAUCAUCUCCACCUCCUACAGAUUUACUCGUCCCUCUGCAGACCUCCACCCACCAACAACUGGACUGAUGUCAGUAUUCAGCCUCAUCUGGGUUUGGAGACUUUAAGGAGAGCUUUAUCUCAGCUGCAGGAAUGUGUUGAUAAAGAAAUGUCGAAAAUUGUCAGAAUAGAACUGAAGAGAAUUCAACAAUAUGCAGUGGACGUACAUCUGGAUCCUGAUACAGCAAAUUCUUACCUGAUCCUGUCUGAUGAUGGAAAACAAGUUACAUGUGGAGACAAACGACAGAAGCUUCCUGAUAAUCCAGAGAGAUUUAAUCCCUGUGUCUGUGUGCUGGGAAAGGAGGGAUUCUCCUCAGGAAGAUUUUACUAUGAGGUUCAGGUUGAAGGAAAGACUGAGUGGGAUUUAGGAGUGACCAGAAAGUCUAGUAAGAGGAAGGGAAAGAUUACAGUAAGUCCUGAUGAUGGCUAUUGGUCUGUGUGGCUGAGAAAUAAAACUGAAUAUAAGGCUCUGGAUUCUCCUCGUGUCCACCUGUUUUUAAAACAGGCUCCUCAAAAGGUGGGGGUGUUUGUGGAUUAUGAGGAGGGUUUGGUCUCCUUUUAUGAUGUUGAGAAUGAGUCUCAUAUCUACUCUUUCACUGGUCAGUCUUUCACUGAGAAACUCUAUCCAUACUUCUGUCCCUGUUACAAUGAUGAAGGUGAAAAUUCAGUACCACUGAUCAUCUGCCCUGUUAGUCAAGUUCAAUCACUGAUUUAUGUUCUUUUCUUUGUAUUUCUUAUUUUACUAAUGGAUUCUUGUGUGUUCCUGUCCCACAGUUUUUGA